AUGGUUGCAAACUACGCGGUUCGCCAUUUUGGCAUCGUUGUAUGUGUGCUCUCCGUAGUUUCGACGAUCACACUUCUUCUCACCGUGGUAAACAUCUGGCAACGAGCCAACACCUUUAAGGGAAAUGCUAUGGGACGAAGUCAAUCAUUCGCGAAAAAAUCACAAAUAAUCUGGGCAGAAAUGAGUGAAAUGAAUCGAGUUGUUCGAGUUCCGAGAGACUAUGGAGUGUCAGCGACGGAAGAACUAAAAAAAGGAAUCUUGCACAAAUGUAGUCAAUGUACACGCCUGCAUUGCCCCGCCGGACAGGCCGGUAAGGAAGGAGGACCUGGUUUGGACGGCGAUCCAGGGGCACCUGGAAAGCCUGGUAUACCGGGCAUGGACGGUGAGGAUAUCGAGCUCAAUGCACAGGUUGAAAUGCCGUGCACAAUUUGUCCAGCAGGACCGCCCGGUCCACGAGGUGCACAAGGAGAACGAGGAUUGAGUGGUAGAGCGGGCAGUAAAGGAACAUCAGGCACUCCUGGUGAACCUGGAACGGCUGGAUUUCCUGGAACCCCUGGAUACAUUGGUCAUCGUGGUGCACAUGGUGACAACGGAAUUCGUGGUCCGCCAGGCGAAAAUGCAAUAGCAGGUGAAGGAAUAAAAGGACCUCUAGGUGUACCUGGUUCACAGGGAGCAAAGGGACCACCGGGAACUCCUGGUCGUCCAUCGAACGUCCGAGGAGCACCGGGGCGAACCGGAUCCAGAGGUGGAAUUGGAGCGACAGGAAAGUACGGACCAUAUGGUGAACGCGGUAGUGCUGGACCUCCAGGAGAACCUGGAAUGCCAUCCACCUACUGUCCUUCGGAUUGUGGUGUCAACACGAUCAUUUCCAUGAUCGGAGAACUCGAGCCUCAACCUCCAUCCGUCGGCUAUGAUCAGCAGUCACCAGAGCCGACUCAUGAGUCUUUCGAUGAAAUGUCAUACCGUAAUUUCUAUAAGGAAUAG